AUGGAUUCUGGCAAUGAUGAUACUGAUGAUGAUAUGGAUAUGUAUUAUCUUCUAGCGGCUUCUAUUGCAGAAGAGUGUGAGAAGGCCCCCUAUGCACCCAGAACAUUGCCUUUGAUGACAGGGAUACAAUAUGUCGAACAGAGGAUGAAGAAUCCAAAGAAAUUCUACAAGUGUUUUAGAAUGAGGAGGUCAGUUUUCACAAUGCUGCAUGAUACUCUUGUUGCUAACUAUGGUCUGGAGUCAACUUCUCAGAUGUCCAGCAAAGAAUCACUAGCUCUGUUUCUAUACAUGUUGGGAGCUCCUGGGUCGAAUAGUCAAGCUGCAGACCGGUUUGAGCGUAGUGUUUCUACUGUUAGCAAAAAGUUUCAUCAUGUGCUAGAUUGUGUAGACCGUAUGGCGGGUGAUUAUAUUACACCUAAUGAUCAUACUUUCACCCAAGUACAUGAUAAACUGAAACAACCAAGAUUUUGGCCCCAUUUUAAAGAUGCCAUUGGAGCGAUAGAUGGAACACAUAUUCCUGUCCAAGUUGCGGAGAAGGACAAAAUCAAAUACACUAACAGAAAAGGUUUUACAAGUCAGAAUGUCCCUGCAAUAUGCGAUUUUGACUUGAGGUUCACAUUUGCUGUUCCCGGAUGGCCCGGGUCUGUUCAUGAUACCCGUGUAUGGACUGAUGCUCGGCCUAGGUUCCACAAUUAUCCGCACCCUCCUCAUGGAAAAUACUAUCUUGUUGACUCUGGAUACCCAAAUAGAACUGGUUAUCUUGCUCCUUUCAAAGAGCAGCGGUACCAUGUUCCAGAUUUUCAAGGUGCGCCUCCGCAGAACAUGGAAGAGAAAUUCAACCAUCUUCAUUCGUCUCUACGAAAUGCCACUGAAAGAGCAUUUGGCGUUCUAAAGUUGAAGUGGCGCAUUCUACUUUCUAUAGCACAUUACCACGACCCUCUGACACAAACAAAGAUCAUCACUGCAUGCAUGUGUUUGCAUAACUUCAUCCGAGAUAGCAAGUUGUACGAUGACCAUUUUGACAGGAUGGAGAGAAGCUCAUAUAUCUAUGAGGAUAGCGCGUCUUUUCCUGGUGGACAUGCUUCUUCUUCAUCUGAUGGCGUAAUGGGUGCUCUACGACAAAUUAUUGCUGAAAGUUUGGUUGCUUGA